AUGGCUUCAUACCUCCAGCGAUUGUUAUCUCUCGGGCAGAAAUCCAUUGUCACGACAGGAGACCCAGAACCGCAAAAGACACAAAAUGGAAGAGACUCAGACCUCCUCAAUUCCAUGAACAAGGUUCUCGGUCUCCCAAAGAGCUCUGAUGUCGUCGUCGUCGGCGGUGGUAUCCAUUCCCUCAUCUUCGCCAUCCACGCACGAACCAUCGAGCUGAAGAAGAAUCCCAGCUCCGCAAACCCAAUAAGAAGCAUUACCAUCCUCGAGAAAUGCCCAUCUCCAAGCUACAAGAUCGGCGAAUCAACACUAACCGUCUUCGGGCUCUGGCUCAAACUCAUCGGGAUCUCCUCGCCCAUGCUCUGGCGAUUAUUCGGUCCUAAAGACGGUCUUGCGUUGUACUACUUUAGCGAGUCGGAUAAUACAGAAAAUGUCAAUGGCAAUAAUUACUACACCAGCUUUGUCGCUAACGGUCCACCGGGAGAUGUCGUCGCUACACUGCAGAUUGAGCGGAAGGUCAGCGAGUUGAUGCUUACGUUGUUUGCGCAGAGGCUGGGAAUUACGGUUUUGCAUGGGAAGCAGGUUGUCGUUGAUGGGGAGACUGUGGUGGGUGUUAGUCCGGGUUCAAGUCCAGUAUCAAGUCCAAGUCUGGGAAACAAAGAAGAUAUGGAAGAUUGUGUGAAUGUUAAAUUUCUAGAUGUCGAGACGAAGAAGCAGGAAUCCAUCAACGCACGACUCAUCAUCGACGCCACAGGUCGAUUCCACCGAUUCGCUUCAAAGGCAAAACAUAGGAUUGAACGUCCAGAAGGGUUCAACACACAUGCCUUCUGGGCAUACUGGGAGUGUAAUGUUGACGAGGAGGAUAUCCCGCUGCGGGACUACGAGAGUGUGAAUACGAACCACAUUUGUAUUCCAGAAGGCUGGGCAUGGGUAAUUCGCCUCCCCACCUGGGAAGGCACCCCCCUCACCAACCUCACCGCCAUGAUAAACCACCUCCUCGACCUCAACGCGUCCCUUACCCCAGGAGACGCCUACCUCUCCACAGGCGAGCUCAUCAAAAGAUUCAACCUAUCCUUCCGCUGGGUCAUAAGUAUCGGAUUCGCCCUCCGCUCAGACACCAUUUUCCCUUCCCAAACCAUCUUAAACACGCAUGGAUGUUACGAAGAGGAGCAGAAGUUCAACUGGGUGGUCUCCAAGUAUGCGCAUGUGAGGGAGUUCAUGGGGAGGUUCACGCUGAUUGAGGAUCUGUAUGGUGAGGGGACGACGUGGUUUACGAGGAAGAAUAUUGCGUUUAGGGCACCGCGUGUGUCGGGAUGUAUUGCGAAUUCAAACUCGAAUCCAAACUCGAACUCUAACUCGAGUGUGAGUUGGAUGGCCAUCGGCGACGCAACGGGAUUCACGAACCCGCUGUACAGUCCUGGCAUCAACGCUAAUAUGGGAACAAGUAUUUUCGUCGCCGAGAUGCUGGAGUCGUACUUUUCUCCUAGCAUCUCCCCCAAACUGAAAUCAGAAGAAAGACAAGCGCUAUGUCAAAAGUAUGAGAAGUUCUGCGAGUAUCGGAUCGAGAAUCUUCAGCGCAUGAAUGUCUUCAAUUACAUGCUUUUCCGAUCUCCUGAACUCGGCCCACUUGGUCCGCUGUGGCAGUACCUUAUUGGCACGGGGAAUCAGCUGUUUAGGAAUACGAGGGAGUAUACGCUUGAGACGGCGGGGCAGAAGUUGCUUACGCGGUGGGAUUGUCGGUGUAAAGAUGAGAGGUAUAUUGUUUGCGCUAGCAAGACCAUCACUCUUCUUUCUGGGCCGGUGAGCGAACCGCUUUCGAGGGAGAGGGUCGAAGAGGUGAGGGAGUGGAUUAUGGGGUGUGUGAGGGAGGCGGUGGAGACGGGGGAGUAUAAGGGACGGUGGGGUGGGUUGUUGAGGUAUUGUGAUGAUGGGUUGGUGUUUAGGGGGGAGGGGAAGAGGGAGAGGGAUGUGUUGGCUAGGAGGUGUGAGGGGUGUGGGGAGUGGAGGAUGAUGAGGGGGGAUUGUUGUAGGUGUCCGUUUUGUGGGUGGGUGCAUCCUGUUGAGAUGAGCACAAAGGUUUUGUAUGGGAUAUGA